AUGCACGCCCAUCCCCAAAAGACGGUAAACAUCCUCACAUUCACCGCCAUUGCCUCGGUAGCCCCAAGCGUUGACAGCUGGGGCCGGGUCCUGGAGCAUAUUUGCCCGGCGCACGAAGGGCCCGCAGGUGCCGGUCCUACGGGCGGCGCUUCCGGAAAUAGAAUCGUCUACGUUGACCCCUUGGAGGGGCCUCUCGGGGGCAGUCUCCGCAGUGGGAAGGGUACACCAGCCACGGGUACGGGUGCGACAGAUACAGAGGCCACGGGCACGGGCGAGACAGCUGCGACGGAUGCCACAUCUCCGACAGAAGGAGCGACAACGGAGCCAGCGACGAUGAGCACAGAGUCGACCGCCUCGUCGUCAACGCAAAGUCUAUCAUCACCAGAACCCAGUCCACUCAUCGGGCAGUGCCAAAACCUGCUGAAUGGCGAUUUCGAGCAAGGCAUGGAAUAUUGGACCGUCGAGCUCGGCGACAAUGUAGACGAGUCGGAACUCGUCACGACGGACGACUACCACUACUAUGAGCUUCGUGCCGCCUGGGCCAAGGUGGAGAUCUUCCAUAGAGCUUUUGGGGAGGGAAGCAACACUUUUAGAAUCUCCGUCGAAUGCCCCGAGGCGGCAGAAGCGGACGUGGGGACUUUCCGAAUCAGGACCCUUUCUAGCAACAGCACUCCCGUCGGCUAA